AUGAGAGAAAGCCUUGUGCAAGGCAUGGAUGGAAGUGUAAAGCUUCUUGACGAAUACCUGUGUAAAGGAUAUUCUGUCUAUGGCGUGAACACCGGCUUCGGAGGCAGUGCCGACUCACGUACAGAGGAUUUUAGCAGUCUACAGACUGCUUUAUUACAGCAUCAACAAGCAGGAAUUUUGACUGAGGUAGAUCAGAUGCUUACGGCUCCAAACCAGGAUAUCGGUUUUCACAGCAUGCCCGUGACCUGGGUGAGGGCUACAAUGCUCGUUCGAUGCAAUCAUGCGUUACGAGGCCAUUCCGGCGUUCGCUUGAAUUUGAUUGAGGCAAUUCUUCAGCUUCUCCGGACGGGGAUAACCCCAGUGGUGCCCCUUCGAGGUUCUAUCUCAGCCUCUGGCGAUUUAAUGCCACUUUCCUAUAUUGCUGGGGUACUGGAAGGCAAUUCAGAUAUCCUCGUUUGCAUUACCAUUGGCGAGAAUAUACAGGUUGUUACCGCUCAGGAAGCACUUCCUAAGGCUAGCCUUGAGCCCUUCAUUCUAGGCCCAAAAGAAGGCCUUGCCUUGAUCAACGGCACGGCAGCGUCUACUGCAGUCGGUUGCCUCGCAGCACACGACUCAAACCAACUGGUCCUCCUUGCUCAGAUGCUGGUCGCAAUGUCAUGCGAAGCUCUGAUCGGGAAUGCAGAAAGCUAUCACCCUUUCAUUGCCGCAGUGCAACCGCACCCUGGACAGGUUGAGUGUGCAAGUAAUAUUCUACGUUUCCUCCAUGGCUCAUCUUUGGCACAAAUGCUAGAACAAGAUAACAAGUACAAGACUGGCCUUGUUCAAGAUCGAUACUCUCUUCGAGGAACUCCACAGUGGUUAGGUCCUCAACUAGAAGAGUUAUCCACUAUUUUAUCACAGCUGACUACGGAGCUCAACUCAACAUCGGAUAACCCAAUUAUAAAUACCGAAGCUGGGGCGGUCUACUCUGGUGCAAACUUCAUUGCAGCAUCUAUAUCCUCCGCUAUGGAGAAAAAUCGACUGUCGUUACAAAUGAUAGGUAAACUGCUCUUUAGCCUAUCCUCCGAGUUAAUCAACCCAACUCUUAACAAGGGCUUACCUCCUAACCUAGUGGUCGAUGACCCUAGCCUAUCCUUUACAAUGAAGGGCAUAGAUAUCAGCAUGGCUGCCUAUAUGUCCGAGCUAGCCUACGUCACUAACCCAGUAACUUCCCAUAUACAAUCAGCAGAAAUGCAUAAUCAGUCUAUCAACUCACUCGCAUUAAUCUCUGCCCGAUAUACAAUGCAAGCUACUGAGCUUGUCGCUCUUAUGUGUGCCGCUCACUUAUAUGUGGUUUGCCAAGCUUUGGACUUGCGAGUGCUCCACAUUACCUACCUUCAUAAAUUGAAGGAAGGGCUGCGAUUAAUCAUUCAAGAUCUAUUCCAGAAAGUUCCGACAGAGCACCAGGACGCCUUCGAACACGACCUUUAUAAGACUAUUUCGGAUUCUUGGAACGCUUCCACACGAUUGGAUCUCAAUGAAAGGUGUCUUUCCCUUGCAGAUGUUUCUUUACCUGUCCUUAUCAACCAUUCUCGCAAGUUCAGAUCAGUUCUUGCAACAGAUGCUUUGGAUAGUUUCCGGGAGAGUAUUCGAAAAUUAGCACAAUCAACUUUCAUCGCCACGCGGGAGCAAUUCGUCCUUAAACAAAAUACUUCUUUGUUUCUAGGAAGCGCGUCAAAGAGGUUAUAUUCCUUUAUCAGGAAUGAACUUGGAGUGCCUUUGCACCAAGGUCUCUCUGAUCAUCCGGGCCAAAGGCCAGGCCCUAGCAUCAGUGGACGGUCAAGGAAGACAAUUGGCUCGUGGGUAUCGAUCAUUUACAAAGCCAUCCGCGACGGAAGAAUGUGGGGGCCCAUGGUCGACAUUCUGCAGGCAAAAGCUAGUGCUCAACCGUAGUGCUGCUUAAAAGGACUUCAAAUGGCAUAUAAAGUCUGCUUUCUAUCUGAUACAUGGUGUACAAAGAAAUGGUGAGAGAAUGUUAGUACCCUGUUAAUUUCAAUUAUACAAAUUCAU